UCUCAGCUACAACAUAACCAACACAACCAACCACCAUUCACAAACACAAACACAAAAUGAACAAUUUCAUAAGAGGCUUCCGGUACUUGAAGGCUGCCAGAACCAUUAGUGGGGGCUCCAACUGCAACUGCCACGACGAUACUGUGAUCAAUUUUCCGUAUGAUUUUGGAAAUGAGCUUCAGCCGGUGGUAAAUACAAAGAAUCCUGUGAACAAGCACUUGAACAAGCACUUGCUUAAUUCAGCUUGGGUUUACUUUUAGU